AACAAACCAGGACCCAAUUGUCUCUUAACAGCAUUUAAUACAUUAUAUUAAUUCUUGCUUUUCCUUUUUCUUUUUUCUUUUUUUCUUUUCGAAGAUAAACAGGAUAAUCAUCAAGAAAACUUCAUUUAAGAAAAAAAAAAAAAAAAAACACGAAUCAAAGCAAUUUAACAGCUGAAUCAGACUUUCUGAUUUCUCCGACAAAGUUUGAACUACUUCAAUACCUUCCAUUCUUCUUCUCCAAAGGUGAGAGUGUUUAUGCUCUUGGAGCACUUUUGAAGGACCUGAAGAGAAAGCUGAUUGAGCAUAUUUACUAAGCAAACUGAAGCUAUGAUUGAGGGUUAACAUUAUUGUUUAAUUACAUUUUUAAUUUGGUUGCUGAUGUGGCCAUUAUAUUUUCUAUUAAGCAAGAUUUUUAACGUGGAAGAAGAAGCAGAAGAAAAUGUAAAUGGUUCAGAUGGAGAUAAUAUAAAUGCAAGAGAAUGUCUCCCUUGUGAGCCAUCAUCAAGUAGUAGAAAAUGCCAAGAUGGAGUCUUGGGAGGUUCGCACUUUGUAGAAGUUCCACAUGUUAGCCAGCUGCACUCUUGGGAUUGUGGCCUUGCUUGUGUUCUAAUGGCUUUGAAUACUAUUGGCAUUAACAAUUGCAGUAUCCAGGCUUUGGCAGAAUUAUGCAGUACAACUAGCAUAUGGACCGUUGAUCUGGCAUAUUUACUGCAGAAAUUUUCUGUUAGGUUUUCCUACUUCACAGUAACACUUGGAGCAAAUCCAAAUUACUCUGCUGAGACAUUUUACAAGGAACAACUGCCUACUGAUCUAGUGCGAGUAGACAGGCUCUUUCAAAAAGCACGGGAAAAGGGAAUUAAUAUACAGUGCAGGUCAAUAAACGAAAAAGAAAUUUCUCUUUUCAUCUUGUCAGGAAAAUACAUUGCAGUUGCUUUGGUUGACCAGUAUAAACUGAGUCGGUCUUGGGUGGAGGAUGUUAUAUUAUCAGGCCUGAAAGACAGCAAAUCUAGCUACACCGGUCACUAUGUUGUGAUAUGUGGCUACGAUGCUAAUGCGGACGAGUUUGAGAUUCGAGAUCCUGCCAGUUCUAGGAUAAGUGAGAGAAUCUCAUCAAAAUGCCUAGAAGAAGCGCGCAAAUCCUUUGGUACUGAUGAAGAUCUUCUCCUGAUAUCUCUAGAGAAGAGCAAUGAGCAACAAAACAGUUCUUCUGGGCAAUACUUUCCACUUUGUAAACUUCUGGACCUCAAGAUUAUUCUUGAUGCUGGGGGUUCGGUUCUGUUCUGUUAUGUUCUGUUCUUCCCCCAAGUUUGGCUAAUGGUUGACGGCCCUGUUGGUCAUUUUCAGCUUUUGUCCGGACUCCUUCCAUUCCAUCGCACUAAAUUUUGAUUCAGUGAGCUCAUGCGCACACAUAAAUGAAUGCCUGCAGCUGGGCAUCUCUCCCAUUGAAUGAGCUCGAACGUUCCAAAUUUUCAAGAAGGGUGGUUAUUAUUUAUUAUUAAAUAGCAAGGGGAGGAGAGUAGGGUUUUUACGGUCGAUUUUUAGGUCAUGAAUUUGGACCUGGGUUGUUAAAUAUUGCUUCUGGACAGUCAAAAGCCUAGAAUAGAAACCAGAUAUAAUUUUCAUGAGGACUUCAGCUAUGAAGUGAAUGAUGGCCUUUAAAUUU